GGGAGGGCAAGGGCGGAGCCCGGCCUGGGUGAACUCUGGUCGAAGUGGCCCGGCGCUUGGGACCUGGUGAAGGUAGCAGCGGCAGCGACAUGGCCUUUGCCUCUGAGGACAUUGCAUACCACAGCUCAAAUGCUGUCUACAGAGCCCCAAGCAACCGUCAUGAAGCUGACCAGGAAGCCCUACUGGGAAAACCACUAGACUACCCAGCCCCAGGCCUGCAGAGGCCAGAGGACCGCUUCAAUGGUGCCUAUAUCAUCUUCUUCUGCCUGGGAAUUGGCGGCCUACUACCCUGGAACUUUUUUGUCACUGCCAAAGAGUACUGGGCAUUUAAACUCCGAAACUGCUCCAGCCCAGCCUCCGGGAAGGACCCAGAGGAUGCAGACAUCCUGAACUACUUUGAGAGCUACCUGGCGGUUGCUUCCACUGUGCCUUCCCUGCUGUUUCUGGUGGCUAACUUUCUGCUUGUCAACAGGAUCCGGGUGCAUGUCCGAGUUCUGGCCUCACUGUCCGUCUCCCUGGCCAUCUUUGUGGUUAUGGCCGUGCUGGUGAGGGUGGACACGUCAUCCUGGACCCGGGGCUUCUUCAGCAUCGCCAUGGCGUGCAUGGCCAUCAUCAGCAGCUCCUCCACCAUCUUCAAUAGCAGCGUGUAUGGCCUGACGGGCUCGUUCCCCAUGAGGAAUGCCCAGGCACUGAUAUCAGGAGGAGCCAUGGGAGGGACAGUCAGCGCUGUGGCCUCCCUGGUGGACCUGGCAGCAUCCAGUGACGUGCGAGACAGUGCGCUGGCCUUCUUCCUGACAGCAGCAAUCUUCCUUGGGCUCUGUGUGGGGCUCUACCUACUGCUGCCCCAACUGGAGUAUGCCAGGUACUACAUGAGGCCGGUUGUCCCAAUCCACGUGUUUUCUAGUGAAGACAGCCCACCCCAGGAUGCUCCCAGCACCUCCUCCGUGGCCCCUGCAUCCAGAGCGGUGCACACGCCACCCCUCGGACCCAUCCUGAAGAAGACAGCUGGCCUGGGGUUCUGCGCCAUUUUCCUCUACUUCAUCACCGCCCUUAUCUUCCCCGCCAUCUCCACUAACAUCCAGUCCAUGCACAAGGGCACCGGCUCUCCAUGGACCUCCAAGUUCUAUGUGCCCCUCACCGUCUUCCUCCUUUUCAACUUUGCUGACCUCUGCGGCCGACAGGUCACAGCCUGGAUCCAGGUGCCAGGUCCUAGGAGCAAGCUGCUCCCCAUACUGGCAGUCUCUCGCGUCUGCCUUGUGCCUCUCUUCCUGCUCUGUAACUACCAGCCACGCUCACACCUGACCGUGGUGCUUUUCCAGUCUGACAUCUACCCUAUACUCUUCACCUGCCUCUUGGGGCUCAGUAAUGGCUACCUCAGCACGCUGGUGCUCAUGUAUGGGCCCAAGAUUGUGCCCCGGGAGCUGGCUGAGGCCACCAGUGUGGUGAUGCUGUUCUACAUGUCACUGGGUUUGAUGCUGGGCUCAGCCUGUGCGGCCUUGCUUGAGCACUUUGUCUAGGAGGGGCGGCAAGGAUGUGGGUUCUGUGUGAGUGAGUGUGGUUUGGGUCCCUGGGACCUGGACAGGGUGAGCCGAGGUCUCAUGGCGUUAAGCAAGGGGUUGGUGUUUUGCUUGAUGUACAGCAGAGCCCACUCAGACUGUCUUUCUCUCAGACACAUCCUUGCACAUCUUGUGCAAGGAGACAUUCCAGACACAGCCCAGCACGGUGGCUCACACUUGUAAUCCCAGCAUUCAAGAGGCUGGAGCUAGAGGACUGCUGUGAGUUCAAGGCCAGCCUGGCUCCAAAGAAAAACCCUUUCUCAAAAAAAAAAAAAAAAAAAAAAAAAAAAAAAAAAAAAAAGUAAGCUAAAAACAAAAACCCUGAGACAUUCCAAACACUUCAACACUUCAAGCGAACACUCCAGAGCCGAUGGCAGGACGAGGUUGUAGCCGGGAUCUAGCCCAGUUGGGAGGAUGCUUGUUUAGCAUUCAUGAUGCCCCAGCUCCCACACCCAGUCCGGCAUAAACUGGACAUGUCAGUGAAAGCCCGUAAUCCUAGCUCUUGAAAUCCUAGCUCUUGAAAGGUGGAAGCAGGGGUGGGGGGAAGAUCAGAGAUUCAAGGUCAUCCUCAGCUACAUAAGGACUUGAGGCCAACCUGGGCUACAGGAGGUGCUGUCUCAAAAGAAAAAAAGAGGCACAGUUGUAGAGAGUGGGGUGUGUUCCCUUCACAGCUCAUAGUCACCUGUGUCGAACUUGUGUUGUCACAAGGCCAGAACCCAGCCUCACUCUUUCCGACUGAAGCGAGGUGGGCAAGAAUCUUCAGAGGUCCCUGUUCUGAAAGAGGCUCCUGGAUCUGAGGUCCCCUCUGCAAUGGCCAGUACUCAGACCUGGGGGCCCAAGCACAUUGCUGAUUCCUGAGCUCUGUGCAUGAGAGUGGGGCCAACCAUCUGGAAAGUCCCACAAGGCAGGCCUCCUAAGCCUUCCUCCCUGAGGCCUGGGCUCCCGGAGGCUCCCUUUGUUAGGGACUGGGCCUGGAAAGCCUCGUCUCCAAAUGAGAUCCAUAUCUCCCAGUGGCCUACCUGCAGCCUAUUUAGGGUAGGGGAAGUCUUUUAAACAGUCAUGUUUACAGCUCUUUGGGGCCCUUGGUUCAAGGGCAUAAUAAAUACUGGGAUUCUCAAUGUGA